UGUCGGUUGCUUGUAUUUUGUUUGAAACUUAAAGUCUUUGUAUUGUAAUCUAAAUAAACAAAUUAAAUUUAAAUUCUUUAUUUACUUAUCAUUGAAAACUAAAUUAAUCUAGUAAAGUUCCUACCUAAAAUGCCACGAACAAAACGACCAGUCCGUAAACAGGAGAAAAUUGCCGAAGAUGACGAUGCUUUGAAGAAACUUAAUAAACUUGUUACUGACCAGAAAAACAAAAUUGACUCACGCGCUCACAUGGAAUUGAGGAAUGUGGAACUAGCAUUUAAAAUUCUUCUCGGUUCAAUCAGCAAUACAUACUUACAGAAGACGGUGGGACAGUUGAAAACAGAACUUCAUCUCAAAGAACCAGCAACGAGGAGGUCUACGAGACCCUCGAGUAGAGCUGCUUCUCACGAUGAUGGGUACCUCACUGAGAACUCAUCGCAGGGCUCCGGUGAACGAGGCGCUAGGAAAACUCAUUUGGCGCCGCCGUCGGCGAGCCGCAGCGCCGGCCGCCGCUCGCGCUCGGCGGACGCGUCGGCGCGCUCGGCCCGCGCCGCGCCGCGCACGCAGCGCCGCCGCUCGCGCUCCGUGUACCGCACGCCCGCCUACAGCAAGAACGCCGCCGUCACCUACCCCGUCAUCACGCCCAAGGUGACGCCGCACACUCCGCUGGCGGUGCUUCGUCAGCCGCGCGCGGGGGAGAUGGUGCUGUCGAUGUCCGGCUCACCCGUCAUGGCUACCUCCGUGUGCACGAUGCAGUCAGAUGAAAGGGCUAACUGUAAUAUUAUGCUUCAGGACGGCACCAUGCUGUCUCUUCAGCCGAAGCAGCUCCGUCAGUCACAGGCCUACAUCCCAUUUUCUCUCAUGGAUGCAAAUGUUCUGCACCAACUCAAAACACUCAAAGACAACCUCGAUAAGGUAGUCAAGCUCGGGGAGAAGGCUAUAAAAUGAAAUUAUAAUUUAUCCUAUAGGGAAUUGACAUUGUAUAGGACAUAGCUGUUAAAUUUAUUCGAAUAAUUAAACAAGAUAGGACUUAGUUGUAUGAAAAAGGCUUAAAUAAAGUGUUCCUAGACUUUAUGACCAUAGAAAAUAUUAACCAUAGCUGUUUAAGCUGGUUAAAUAGCUCCCCCGUGUGUAUCAAUACUAAUGUAUCAAGUUCAUAAAUCAAAUUACAAUUUAAAACAAAGAAAAUAAUACAAAAGUCAGUAAAUAUCAACUGAUUCAAUUUAUCCUACUCUAUUAUAUUCCGCCGCACAAUAAUUAAAUGAAUAGCUCAAUUCUACAUAUGGUCCGAUUAGCGAUGUGAAAGCCGCAGGUUUGAUGCCUUGAACUGUUGUCUCUGGAUUUAAAAAACUGCUUAAUUGGAAGGAAAAGGCAUAAACAUGAUUUAAAAAGUCGAGUUUCUUGUCAGCUUUAAUAAUGCGCUGAUGCUAAGGAUUUUUGUGUGAUGGAAAAAACGCAGAGUAAUUUAUUUAGUAUUAUUACAAAGACGAAAUUAAGUUAUAAUGUCAGUAUAUAAACUUGCUUUUUUUUAUAAAAUGUGUAUGUUAAAUAUAUGAAUGCUGUGUGUUGUGUUUUGUUAAUUUUUAAUGUUAUGGCCGUAGUUGUGUGUUGUCUAUUAGUUGUAAUAUAUAUUUUAAAUAAUUGAAUUUUUAUUACUGACACUAUAGGAUAGGAUUAUAUGAUUUUAGACAUUUUUAUACGACAUCAAUCUUCAUUCGAUAUAAAUAUGACUGCUUAAUUAGUAUUUUGAUAUUUGACAUAAAGUAUAGAUACUAUUUUUAUACAAGUAAUUUGGCAGAACAUGAUAGUACCUUCGGCAUAUAAUUCCGUACAAUAUAAGUUUGUAAUGUCAGUUGAGUUUUGCCGCCAAUAAAUCUCAUUUGUAUCGUUGUCAAGUUGAAAUAAUAAAUUCAGUUUUUGUAUA